AGUAGCCCGCCUCCUGCCCGGAAGAAGGAAAAGAGUCGCCCUCAGAAAAAAAGUCUAGUGACAGCAAAUUAACAAUAAUACACGCAUUUAAUUUCGUUUAUGGUCUUAUUACAUCCGUGCAACAUCCAUUUCGAGUGUUUUACAUCGAAAGCGCUUUCAGGGUAUGGAACAUGGCAGCAACUGAAACCCAGUCUAUGUUAAGCGUCGGAUUGAUUGAAAAAGACGUGAAUGGAGACACUCUGUGGGUGUGGUGCUAUCCCUCUGUGGGCUCACAACUGAGAGAAGUCCUGCUCAGCAAGUGCUGUCUGACACAAGACAAGGAAGAUUUUCACACAUUUGUGUUUGGCCAGUUCACUCGUACGUGGUAUUACAUCAGCACGCUGGAGGUGCAGGAACCUACAGCUCUAAAAAAGGUCACUCAUUUUUCUGUGGUAGUUACAGCCAAAGACUUCAACCCUGAGAAAUACGCUGCUCUCAAUCGAAUAUUGUGCAGGAUGUACGUCAAAUACGGCAGUCCAGUGAAAAUGAUGGAGGCAUACAUUACUGUCCUCACCAAAGGUGUUUGUCAGAGUGAAGAAAACGGCUCAUUUCUAAUCAAGGACCACGAUGUUCAGAAGGCGUUCCUGGAAGGUUCAAUCAAAGAUGUAGUGUCUCAGUUUGGCAUGGAGACCAUUAUCCUGUACACUGCUCUCAUGCUGAAAAAGAGAAUUGUUGUCUACCAUCCUCAAAUUGAAGCCUUGUUGGAGUUCACAAGAGUUCUUCCGGCGCUGACGUGGCACAGGAAAGACUGGUCCGUUCUGCAUCCAUAUGUGCACUUGACUGAUACCGAACUAGAGCAUCUCACAAAGUGUCCCGGAUAUAUAGCAGGAUUUGUCGAUCCAGAAGUCAGCAACAGAUCAGACCUGUUUGAUGUGUACGUGAACCUCCCAGAGAGCACCAUCACAGUGUCGCUGAGUGCCAAAGAAUCUAUGGUGAUGGGAAAGCUACACAAGGACAUCGGACAACUUAUUGUCCAUUCUGCAGAAGACACAGAGAAGUCAGACAGUCACGUCAUUAAGGACAUCUCCAUCAAGACCAAACAGAUUCUUGCUCAUUUGAAGGCCCUCGCUGACGAGUGUGAAAGCUCUAAACUCACAUUGGAACAUUUAAAGCAGCAUAAUUUCCCUCCUGCAACGGAAAACUUUCUGUUCCAUCUAGCGGCUGCAGAGCAGAUUUUACGCAUAUGAGCCCGCUUUCAGAUGCUGUGUAGUGACAGGUACUGUUGCCACCCCACCAAUGCCUCCUGUUAUUAUUAUUAUUAUUAACAGUGUGCUGGUGUGUCACAUAUGAAACACAGACAUCUUUCUUACUGACCUCAAAUUCCUAGACAGAAAAACAAACCAAGAAAUUACCAUUGUUUUCUUCUUAUAACUGUAAUUCUCUGUUUGACACUACUACCCUGUGCUCACUUGUCUUAAUACCAGAAACAAAAACAAAUACCGCAGUUUGAAGCAGUUUCCAGCAAAGUAGUGAUUUCUGAAAAACACAUUUUUAUUAUCACGUCCAGAUAGUUUCAUUAUUGAAAAGCACAAGGAAUUGAUCAAGUGUCAGCUUUAGUCAAGUUUUAUCUUGUGUUUAAGAGCAACAAUCUAAUCAAUUGAUUCUUCCAUUCCUGCAGAUAUAUUGCAUUGUUCUGGAUAUAGUAUUUUUCAUUUUUAAUAUAUAGUUGCACUGUGGGAUAUGUUUGUGCCUCAGUGUUACAUUAGAAAGAAUACGGUGCAUAUAAUUUAUGAUGUAACAUUGGAGAUUUAAAUGUAUUUUUAUGAACAGCUUAGAAUAUUUCUAACAAAUACAUAUUCUUUUCAAAACUGC